CUAAUUGUAUUCUCUAUAGUAUGAUGCCUGUACUCCUACUCCUACUUGUUCUGGUUGAAGAAGGGGCUGGACGCAAUGUAGUUCAGUUCACUGAAAACUCAAGACUGGAUAUUCUUAAAGAUAUAUUUGGAGGAACAGAUUCUACUGAUGCAAGAGCUGGAUUAGGUAGAAAAGAACGACUCCAGGACUUGUUAGAUGGAAUGCUUGAAGCUGAGGGUUGGUUACCGGUUAGAAUCCUGGCUAUGGCGGUCACUGUAGGCCUGGAGUUUAGCAAGCCUGUUAUUUCUGUCAGAGGUCCAACCUCCAACUGCCAUUUUGCUCCUGUAUGUCUGGACCUUGCCUGUGGGAAAUGUUACGACCCUAUGACCUCUCUGCAUGGAGACUGUGGGUCUCUUUCAUUCUUUAGAUGCUCUUCCCUUCUUCCACAAGAGUGCCUUCCUUGGACAUGUGCAACAGGUGGAUCUCUGACUCCAUCUUUUCUUCGGAACUUUUUGCCUCGCAGUGCUGGUUGCGGUAGCACAGCAUUAAACAUCAUCACUGCAGAGAAUACCAAGCUAUCCUCUUCAAUACAACUCACUGGAUUAGGUUUAACUAUGAACUCCUUGACUCGGUGCUCCGAGGAAGAUGUUUGCUGGGAUAGCGCUUGUAAUAAUAUUUAAUUCUAAGGUUUAACUAUGAACUCCUUGACUCGGUGCUCCGAGGAAUAUGUUUGCUGGGAUAGCUC